CGGGGAUUGGGGCUGAGUAGGUGGGUGCGGCCGCGGCAGUCGCAGCGGGGCCAUCUUCGGCUGGCCUGUGCAGCGUGGCCGUCGCCCGUCGCCCGGCCCGAUGGCGCCGCGGCCGCUGAGCCCCUUGGUGCUGGCGCUGGGCGGCGCCGCGGCCGUGCUCGGCUCGGUGCUCUUCAUCCUCUGGAAGACCUACUUCGGCCGCGGACGGGAGCGGCGCUGGGACCAGAGCGAGGCCUGGUGGGGCGCGGAGCCUGCCCACCUGCCCGAGUGGGACGAGUGGGACCCCGAGGAUGAGGAGGACGGAGAGCCGACGUUGGAGGAGUUGGAGCAGCGCGAGGUGCUGGUGCUGGGGCUGGAUGGCUCAGGAAAGAGCACUUUCCUGCGCGUCCUAUCCGGGAAGCCACCACUGGAAGGCCACAUCCCCACCUGGGGCUUCAACUCCGUCAGGCUGCCUACCAAGGACUUCGAGGUGGACCUCCUAGAGAUCGGUGGCAGCCAGAACCUGCGCUUCUACUGGAAAGAGUUUGUAAAUGAAGUGGAUGUGCUGGUGUUCAUGGUGGACUCGGCUGACCGUCUGCGGCUGCCCUGGGCUCGGCAGGAGCUGCACAAGCUGCUGGACAAAGACCCUGAUCUGCCUGUUGUCGUGGUGGCCAACAAGCAGGACCUGAGUGAAGCCAUAAGUAUGGUGGAGCUGCAGCAGGAGCUGGGCCUGCAGACUGUCGAUAGCCAGCGGGAAGUUUUCCUCUUGGCAGCCAGUGUUGCCCCUGCAGGACCCGGCUUUGAAAACCCUGGGACUGUGCAUAUCUGGAGACUGCUCUUAGAGCUUCUCUCCUAGGCCCGCACCCCCUGCUCACCACCCAGCCCUGGAGUCCCUGGCUCUGCUGCCUCUUCGCCAGACGGCCUGAGACAGGAGCCACAUGGCAGCGUUUCCCUUCUCUCCUCCUUGCCCUCUCUAAGCAGGGCCUGAGCAAGGCCAAGAACUGUACAGAAACCUUCCUGGUGAGGUGGCCAUAAGGCUGAAGUUGAAAAGUGAAUGAGGCAGAGGGUGGGAGAUGACAGUGUCUGGCUCAGUCCAGGCCGGAAGUGGAUCCAGCUUUCAUUAGUGAAGGCACCCUCCUCUGACCUGUACUGUGAGAUGCUCAGGAGCUCAGCUCUCUCUUCCCUGCAGGACCCAGUGCCUGAGGACCAGUGUAAGUGUCAGGAGUACCCCGUCUAAACUGUUCCCUCUUGGUAACUUCAUGCCUCUUUCUUGAGGGCAGGUUCUGGGCAGUAUGUAAUGAGCCCUGGCUCCCAGGCCCACAGUGUUCUCCAGCCCCAGCUCUGCUCAGCUGGCUCAUGGCCUUGUGUCGUCUCGGCCUCUUUGGCCCCAGGGCCAUCGUUUUUAAAGGGAGGUGAUUUCUGCAGUUUUUCUCAAUUGAAGAUGCAUUUCCCAGCCCUGUUAAGUGCUAGAACAAACUUGGAGGUCCUAGCAAGGAGCCUUCUGAAAACUCCCUGCUUUCCCCCAAAGCCGGGGCCUGGGUGGCCAUCCUCUGUUAACUACGGAAUAAGUGUUAUUCAGCCCCUAAUCAGUAAAACUGGACUUUCCCCCAGUGUGGAGACAGAACUGCUGCUCUUGCACUAACUGCCAUGCCCAUGUUUACAUAAGUCUGGGGAAGGAAGGAACCUGUGUCCCUGGGCAGAAGACUCAGCUGGAGCUGGGCGUUGGCCUCAGAACUGUUUGAAUUAUUUAUUUAUUUAUGAAAGGAACAGGCUGAAAUUUUAGGUUCUGUUUCUAGGUGCUGUUAAUCAAAACCCCAGACAAAUGUCACAGAAAAUUUGGAUCUCUGAGGAAAUAACUGGAAUCAUGAAUGACAAUGUGAUAACCUCCACAUGUUACUGGAAACAGAGCUCUAGCUUACUCCCACCCUUUGCAGCUAUAAUUGAUAUACUUCACAUUGAUCUACACACACAUAAACUCUACCACUUGGCCCAAACCCGUGCUGUGUAGAAGAAAUUUCGGUCAUGUAAAUCCAAGUAAAAAGAAAUGGGAGUUGGCAGACCAGCCCAAAUGGGGGCCUUGGGUACAUCACUCAGCCUUUCUGUAGCUAUUGAUUCCCCAGCUAAAGCUAAGUUGGACAGAACGUCUGCUGUUCUCUUCGGUGUACAUUCCAUGAUUCUUCUGUUUUCUGUGAUCAGCCAGUACUUUAAGGACUGUCUCUGUAUUAACAUUUUUCUUCACUGCAGGCAAAAGGAGCCUUUUGUCUGUCAGGGGCCACUGAAUAAUCAACAUCCAAAAAUGGACUUUUUUUUAAAGGAAAUAUCCAGCUCAGUUUGCUUUGUGAUUGAGAAUAGUGAUUAUGUGCCUUUGUUUCAUUUGGCAUUUCCUCAGUGUGCUUCAGUUCCAUGCUAUGGCCUAUGCGAGAAGAGGCGCAGGAGAGCAGCUGUGGUGGGAAGCUCCCAAAGUAUAGAAGUGAGCGUUAUAAUGGAGGGGUAGCAGCUGUGCUCUCACGCUGUGGGCGUAUCAGAAUAGAAUCACUGUUCUUUGAGAUGCUCAUCAACUUUCUGCAUUAAGAAAUGAUUUGUCUUUUAUUUUGAAUAUUUAAGGAAUGACCUGGGUUUGGGUAGCCUCUGAAAUUGUGCUGGCAACUUCUCAUUUUGCUAUUAGAUUGAGAAACUACUUUGUUCUAUGAACUCCACCAUGUUCUCCAGUGCUUAAAUGUUACCUUUGAAACCAGCAUUGUUGAAGAGGACACCGUGUCCUAAUUAAGAGCCGCCUUUGGUAUAAUGAGUAACAUUAUGUAGUACAGUUUUUAAAAUCCCCAGUGGGGGGGAAGUGAGCUUGAAGAGUUUAACUAUCUUUGAGCAACUUUUAAAGACCCUCUCAGGUCCUAGUGGCAUGUCAGGCACACACCACUGAGGGGCACUGAAGGUCCAGAGUGCCAGCCACCCUCUCUGGUAACUUGUGCAGGAUGUAGAUGUUCUAUGGGCCCCUGAGGGUGCCUCACAUUUGCAGCUCACAGCUGCACUCUGGUGGGGCUGCUGACCUGUCCCUGAAGCAAUGCUAACAGUGCUCAUCUGCUCUGGUUUCUGCCAAAACUAGACUGGGCAAAGGGGAAUAGGCCUCUCAUGAACAGCUAUCUGCCUGGCCUAGUGGUACUCACCCAGUUCCUCCUCAGUGUGACUGGUUCUAGCGCCCAGAUCACCUGUUCUUGGGAACCAAGUUACCUGGAGCUGUUCAUCUGAGGUCCCUGAGCUAGCUUAGGUGACACUGUUCCCUCCACUGCCCUGGCUCUACAGCACCCAGCCUACCCAAGCUUGGGAACAAGCUUAAAUGUCAGGGCAGCUUUCAUAUUCUAAUAUCCUAACAAAAGUGCCAGAGGGAAGGCUCUGGAUGUGAGAGCACAUGGGCACUGACUGGACAGUGUCCACUCCACACAUAAGAGAAGCCUCACCUCUACCUGCCUGUUAAACCUGUGCCUGGAUCAUUCACCCUGGCACUGAGGGCUUCUGUUCUUAAUUACUUAAUAAAACUGUGGCUUCUGGUUUUCUACUCUCUGGCCUGUUGCUAUCUCUUUGAGGCCAGCCUGGCCCAGAGUUUGUACAUGCGGAUGGUCUGGGCAAGAGUGCUCGAGGCUGCUGGGACCACCACCUUGGACUGGCUGACCAUCCAAGAAGCCUCCUCUGCUACCUCUUGGUACCCAGAACUGUGGUUGUAAGCCUACACUGACAGUGGUACCCAAACGUAAGGCUGUGUGAAACCUGUCCAUUAUGGCGUCCCUAUCGUCCACAGAGAGGGGCUCCUCUUACCUAUCUGCUGGAGUGAAACACCAGAUUCUCCAAACAUUUCUACUUGUAUUUGGAAAACAUUUUGUUGUUCCUAUGCUAGUUUAGCAGCAAUAGCCAGCAUUUCAAACCAGCUGCUGAAACUUGCAUGGUGUCUGUCACCACUCAGCUGCCCCAGGACCUGGAACAGUCUGAGCAGUGUGCCUCUCAUGUUGCUGGCUUACAAAUUUUUUAAGUCUUUUCUAGUAGCUAUGAAAAGGAGACUCUCAACCUUUCACCUGCUGUCUCUGGAAGGUGAGCCCAUUGGGAACAAGGGGAGGAUUCCCAUCAAAGAUAUGGAAAUGAAGGGGCCUUGUGUUGCAGCACAUGCCCUGUGAACCCAGACCCACAGGGUAGCCAAGGACAAACUGCAUAAAAUGGAAUGUCAGCAGCUGUUUGAGCUACACAAUAAAUGCCAAAAACUCAAAUGUG